CAUCGUUCCCGCCUCAUCAAUGGCUUGUCCGACACUUUUUCCUCUUUUAACUGACGCGACUCUUUCACUCCACUCUACUCUCUCUGCCCGUCCAGCUUAACUCAGCCAUGCCGAGAAGAUCUUCGAGCACGCAGGUCGGUGUGCAACAGACGGAUGGUGAUCAGUCUGAGAUUUGGUCACGUCCCAACUGGCUGCCUCGACUGGAUAAAGUAUUGGUGGACGUGAUAACCUGGGAAAUGAUCGAUUACCAUCCUGAUGGGUAUGUCAAUAGCUUUGACGAGCAAGCGUGGGACCGCGUGGUUGUGGAAUUCAACAAGCUCACAAGUCUGAGCUACGAUAAGGCGGAGCUGAAGAAACAAGUUUCUCUGUUGAGGAAGAGGUACCGCAUAGUGAAACCGCUCUACAACCAUGGUGGGUUUGGCUGGAAUUAUCGAAGGAAGAUGGUUGAUGUUGAUGAUACCAUUUGGAGAGAGUACAUCGAGGUGCACCCUGAGAUUGCGCCUUACAGGAAAUGGGGCUGCCCAAUAUAUGAACAGCUCUGUACCAUUUUCACAAAACCUCUGGCCACCGGAAAGUACGCCAUCUCAUCUGCUGAUGUAGCAUCUCCUAGAAGCCAUGCUGCUCGCCCGAACCGAACCAUAAACCACUCAGGUGGGCGAUCCAACAAACGGCCCCUGCCCCAGCCCCCAACUUCAGCUCCCAACAAAAAACCAAACCCGGGAAAAGAAACCUCCUGUACAAAAACAGUUGCGCCAGAGGCUUCUCAAGUUGAUGAUGAUCCACAUUCCUUGGCCCGGUGCCUGACUCUGAUCAGUGGAAUGCAAGAGGUCAAUCACCAUCUUCACAGCAGUGCCAUGGAUCUGUUCCAGAACCCGACAUGGAGGAAGACGUUCGUGCAGUUGAGGGAGGAGAAGAGGCUGUCUUGGCUAAAGGCUAUGCUUCCAUGAUGCAAGGCCACCUCAUAAGUUGCCAUAUAUGACCUCCAAGUAGUUUUCUCUUCUGUAGAUGCCUAAGAAGAAGCAACAACUAUGUUUUUGGUUAGGUUGAUCUUUCAGGCGCUUAAUGUGUCCAAAGACUUGGAUGCCGAAAGUCGGGUUUCUCCUGUUUGCAUUGCAAUUGCUCUAUCGAUCUAUCGGAGGGGACGGUUAUGUAUUGGUUAA